CGCUACCUUGAGGAAGCCGACCGAGAUAAGGAGCGCUACAUGAAGGAGCUGGAGCAGUACCAGAAGACAGAGGCUUACAAGGUGUUUAGCAGGAAAACCCAGGACAGACAGAAAGGCAAAACACAUCGGCAAGAAGGAACACGCCCAGCUCCCCACGACCAUCAGAAGGAACCGGAGACCAAGGAGAGGUCAGUGUUCGAUAUUCCAAUAUUUACCGAGGAGUUUUUGAACCACAGUAAAGCGCGAGAAGCCGAGCUGCGCCAGCUUCGCAAGUCCAACAUGGAGUUUGAGGAGAGGAACGCGGCCCUCCAGAAACACGUGGAGAGCAUGCGGACCGCGGUGGAGAAGCUGGAGGUGGACGUGAUCCAUGAGCGCAGCCGCAACACGGUCUUGCAACAGCACUUGGAAACCUUACGACAGGCUCUAGCCAGUAGCUUUGCCGGCGUCCCCUUACCAGGGAGCGGGGAGAUCCCCACCUUAGACACGAUUGAUUCCUACAUGAACCGCCUGCACCACCUGAUCCUGGCCAACCCACAGGAGAACGAGACUCUGAUAGCGACAGUCCGGGAGGUGGUAAACCAUCUCGAACGUUAAAUGACGUGGUGAGUUUCGAGCGCCUGAUCGGGGGCCUCUGGGAAUGCAGAGCUGAAUUGAAACUCUUGCCCCAGGCCGCACAAAGCCAUGUGCAGCUACACCAGACUCUUCGCAUCGGGCCAUC